UGGACUUCUAAGCGGCUUGUGGAGGAAACCAGUGGACAUCUAAGCGGCUUGAGGAGGAGACCAGGGGACCUCCAAGCGGCUGUUAGGUGCUUUCCCUACUGGCGUUGUCUCUGGCUGCUGCGGAGAAGAACCAGUGUGAUUCAGGAGUAGAUUGUCUUGCGACUGAGGCUCCCAGGAUGACUGAUUGGCUGUUGAAGAACAAGGACGCGUUUGAGCGAGCGGUGGCGAUGAUGGGCAAGGGUUGUGAGGUCCUGGCCUCCACCGUGGGCCAGCUCCACCCCAUCCUGGAGGCCGUGUUCAUGACCUCCGCCGAGAUCCUUGGCAACCCCGAGGGCAAGGAGGCCCGCUACCUGACGGAGCAGUUUGAGCAGCUCAACCUGAAGCUGGAGGUGCUGCAGGCCGAGGAGCAGAUCGCACGCGAGCGCGUGAGAUCAUCCAUGAACAAGCAGAGCUUCGAUCGCGAGGCCCAGAUGCUCAGCCAGUACGAGAAGUUCCAGGAGUUCAUCAACGCCAAGCCCAAGUUCAAAGCCAAGAAGAAGGAGAAGUUCCUAAGCCACUACGAGAACACCGACGGGGACCUCAACCUGGACGCCCUCUACAACGCCGUCAUAGGCAAGGACAUCACGGGGACCCCCAUGCUGGAGAACGUGGUCUCCGUUGAGGCCAGAGGCCGGUGGGCGGUGGAGGGAUUCUGCGCGAGCCUCAAGAAGCUCUUUGUCGUUGGGAUCCUUGCCGUCAUGGGCCACGCCGCCCUGAAGGAGGGCGAGAUCGACCAGGAGAUGGUGAAGAAGUGGCAGGACCGCAUGGAGACGGUGGAGAUCCUGAUGAAGGCGGCCGUGGACGACUGCACCCAGAACUUUGCCGAGCAGGCCAAAGCCGACACGGAGCACGAGCUCCUGGACAAGACGGGCAGCCUGAGCGGGGACUUCAUCAAGCCCAUCCUGGCGUCCCUGGUGAAGAAGUACGACUGGGUGAGCUGGUCCGUCCGCGUGCUGCGGGCCGAGGAGUGGUUCCUGUACAGCUGGGUGGUGGGCAAGAAGUUCAGCGGCUGGGCCGGAGGCGAGAACUAUUUCGAGGCGUCGACCAAGAACAAGUUCAUGGUGGAGGUGUCCUUCUGCGUGGAGCCGGUGGUCCUCGACCAGACCCACAUCCGGAAGGCCAUCGAGGGCCAGAGGAUGAAGAGAAACAUGGUGGACGUGGCCGCCACUCUGAGCGGGAACGUUCCGGACUGUCUGGUGCACGCCGUCCACCCUUGGAAGGAUGUGGAGGAGGUCAACAACUUCAAGCCUGAGUGCUACUACUUUGUCAAACACAAAAGUGCCUAUAUCUGCAUUCACCCCCUGUAGCUUCACACCAGGCCCGCGGGGUCUCUCGCUGCCAAUUUGUCUUGA